UAUCUUCGUGACCUCGGGCAUUGGGAGGCAUUGGGUCCUCUGGCUAUCAGCUGUAUUGGAAAUGGCUCUAUCGGCCAAAUGACCCCAUGUUCAAUUUCCGCAUCUGGUUCUACUGUUGCAUCUACUCUUGGUACCAUUGGGGGAGGAGGUGGAAGCGCUUUUUGGGGUCUGCAUGCCGAGGCAGCAUGGAGACACGGCGAGUGGAAUGAAGUUUACGCUUCGCUUGCUGGACUAGCCAAUGAAUGUCCACGCAGCGACCUUUGGCGCUAUGCCAUGAUCCAAGCUUCGGCCUCUGUAAUCGGUCGUCGUGCCGCCCUUGCCCUCUCUGGUUCUUUUUUGCCUAACGAAGGUCUUGAUGUCUUGCCAGCAUCGCGCACCUCUGCUACCUCGAGCGCUACUGGAAUUGGCCAGAGUGCUACUGCUGUAAGUGGACUGCAUUCUGCCGGAGGUCUCCUCUCCUCAGCAGAGACCGAGGGUCAGCGAGUCAUGACUACUUUGCUUCGCGAAUGGCGCCGUCUGCCAUUUAUACCUGGCGACCAGCACGUCCCUCUUCUACAAGAAUUGGGUUUCGAGACUAUCGGUUAA